GGUGUGGUCAGAUUGGCAGACGUCUUAGGGGCUAAUUCAGCACUUAACUUCUUAAGGUUACGCGUACAUCAAGAUUUAAGGGUUGAGAAAGAUUUUCUGACGACCUCAGGAUGUCUGCAAGUGUUAUGAGGAGUAUGGUGGGACUAUUGAUAAUGGUGAUGGCGAGUGUACAUGCUGCUACCGCCGACUGCACGUCAUCCGCGGCCCUUGGGAUGGAGAACGGCGCCAUCACUGAUGACCACAUCACUGCAUCCACUGAGGAAACUGGGUACGAGGCUUACGAAGGGCGUCUGAAUAACGGCAAGUCGUGGCAGACAAACACCGUAGACACGAACCAGUGGCUACAGAUCAACCUCGGCAGUCAGAAGGUCCUCACCGGUAUCCAGACACAAGGCCUGUGGGGAGGGCACGUCAAGUCUUACAAACUGUUGUACUCUGAUGAUGGGACUACGUGGGUGACUUACGGAGAUGGACAAAACGACACGAUAUUUGAUGGCAACAGUGACGGCCCCAGUGUAGUGGAACAGAGUCUGCCCACUACAGUAACGACACAAUAUGUCCGGGUCAACCCACAGUCCUGGCAGGGUAACGACUUCAUCCGCCUGCGAGUGGAGCUACUUGGGUGUGACGUCACACCAACGACGGCGACACCACCCUCAGCGCCAACAACAACACCCGUGCCAGCCACCCAGCCAGCGCCAACAACAACACCCGUGCCAACCACCCAGCCAGCGCCAACAACAACACCCGAACCAACAACCAAGCCAGUGCCAACAACUACACCAGAGCCAACCAUUCAACCAGCGCCAACAACAACACCCGUGCCAACCAUUCAACCAGUGGCAACAACAACACCCGUGCCAACCACCCAGCCAGCGCCAACAUCACAAACAACACAGAUGGGGACAGCUGCUCAUUCUACCACCCUACGUGAAACCACAUCCGUGUCAUCUCAUCAAACGACAUCAACCCCUCAAGAUCACGUGACGUCCAUGGAAACGACGGAUAGUAUGGCUGUUACCAUGGAGACUGAGACAGGUGUCAUGACAACGUCGGACGACAGCCUUGUGACGUCAACUGUGAUGUCAACUGAUAGACACAACACUGGGACACCCUACACUGACGAACUGGUCACAGACGCAGGCAUUACUACUAUUGCCAUGGAAACAGCUACAAUGGCGUCGGAACAAAUGACGGAGGAACAGCAAACCGAGGAGGUAACUGUGACCGCCAAACUGACAACGAUAGAACAGACAACUGAAGAGGCAAGCAUCUCCACCGAACUCAUAACAGUGGAACAGGAAACUGAUGACACCGUUACCAUGGAGACAACAUCCAUGAUGCAAACGACGCACAGACAAGUCACUGACGAUGACGUAACCGCAAAACACAUGUCCCCAACACCAGCAGUCAUGACGUCAUCAACAGACCAGUCAUCUACAGAUGAAGCUACUACAAGUCGUGAUGACGUCACAUCCCAAGGCAUGGCCACAACUCCUGUCAUGACGUCACCAUCAACUGACCAUCCAUCUACAGCUGAACAUUCCACGGGUCGUGAUGACGUCACAUCGCAACAAAGCUCAACGCCAUCUGUCGUGACGUCAUCAUCAACUAUCCGUCAAUCUUCUACUGAAGUGCCUACGACUCGCGAUGACGUCACAUCACUGCACAGCUCUACUUUAUCAGCGAUGACGUCAGCACCAACCGUCCACCAAUCCACAGCAACAACUAUCCACCCGUCUACAACUGGUGCAACUGAUAGCAUGAUUUACUUCGAGAUGACCUUGGUGUCGUUGACCUUCACGGAUGACCUGAACGACCCAGAAUCCACCGCGUACCAGGAUCUCGCCGCUCAAGUGUCCUCAUUGAUAAUAUCAUAUCUGGAAACCGACGUCGACGUCGGCUCGGCUGUCACGUCAGUCACCAUCUUGGGCUUCAGAAGCGGCAGUGUCAUCGUCGAUUACGUCAUCGAGACGGCGGGCAGCUCGGGGGUGACGUCAUCACAGGUGCAGGACGUUCUGGUCAGCGCUGCUGAAGCAGACACGAACAGCGUCCUGGAUGUGGACAUUACAUCACUAUGCCAGAAAAACAGCGCUGGUGACAGCUGCAGCACGCAAAAUGGUGACGUCACCAUCACAUACGCCAUCAUUGGUGGAGCAGGAGGGGUGACAGUCAUCAUCCUGGUGGUUUUCGUCAUCAUAGUGUGCCGUUUACGUCAAAACAACAGGAAAGAAGACUUUACGUUAAACAGUGAGCUUCAGCUAGACCUGAUGGAGACCAGCCGUCUGGACAAACUCCACCCUAGCGACGGCCACGAGUAUGACAACCCGGCAGUGGUUACAGAAAACGUCUAUGACAACGUUAAACCACCAGUCAACUGAUACUGAAUCACCGCUUCGUCUGUAAGGCCAUGGUAA